ACUACGGCGGCUUCAAGGAGGGGAGGGGGGGGAAGGGACGGCCGGUCCCGUCAGUCAGGCAACGGUAGCCGCCCGGAGCGGAUGGCGGCGGCGAUCGCGGCCUCAUUUGCCGCCGGGGGUGAGGAGGCGGCGGCCACGACCUCCGUUCCAGGAUCUCUGGGUCUGCCGGGGAGCCGCAGUGCAGAGCGGGCCCUCGAGGAGGCCGUGGCUACCGGGACCCUGAACCUGUCCAACCGGCGCUUGAAGCACUUCCCCCGGGGUGCGGCCCGCAGCUACGACCUGUCAGACAUCACCCAGGCUGACCUGUCCCGGAACCGGUUCCCCGAGGUGCCAGAGGCAGCGUGCCAGCUGGUGUCCCUGGAGGGCCUGAGCCUCUACCACAAUUGCCUGAGAUGCCUGAACCCAGCUUUGGGGAACCUCACAGCCCUCACCUACCUCAACCUCAGCCGAAACCAGCUGUCAUCGCUGCCAUCCUACAUCUGCCAGCUGCCCCUGCGCGUCCUCAUUGUCAGCAACAACAAACUGGGAGCCCUGCCUCCCGACAUCAGCACCUUGGGAAGCCUUCGGCAGCUUUUUUUUCCUCAUUCCAGGAUGUGAGCAGCAAUGAGUUGCAGUCCCUCCCCACAGAGCUGUGCAGCCUCCCUUCCUUGCGGGAUCUCAAUGUUCGGAGGAACCAGCUCAGCACCCUGCCUGAUGAGCUGGGGGACCUUCCUCUUGUCCGCCUGGAUUUUUCCUGUAACCGCAUCUCCCGCAUCCCGGUCUCCUUCUGCCGCCUCAGGCACCUGCAGGUCAUUCUUCUGGACAGCAACCCCUUGCAAAGCCCACCUGCCCAGAUCUGCCUGAAGGGGAAACUUCACAUCUUCAAGUACUUGUCAACAGAGGCUGGGCGGCGUGGGGGCGCUGCACUGGGGGACCUGGCCCCUUCCCGCCCCCCGAGUUUUAGCCCCUGCCCAGCUGAGGACUUAUUUCCGGGACGUCGGUACGAUGGCGGGCUGGACUCAGGCUUCCACAGUGUUGACAGUGGCAGCAAGAGGUGGUCUGGAAAUGAGAGUGACAGAUGGCGGCUGGAGCUGUCUUCUUCCUUCCCUUGCCCAAGUAUCCUGGGGAAUGGCUGGCUUAGCAGCGGACCCCAAGGCCCUGAACCCAUGAGUCCCCAGCUGUCUUUCAUCUCUGCAUUUCUGCAUUUACAGUCAACUGAUGACUUUUCGGAGUUGUCGUUCCGGAUAUCGGAGCUGGCCCGGGAGCCUCGGGGGCCCAGGGAGCGGAAGGAGGAUGGCUGUGCUGAUGGAGACCCUGAGCAGAUUGACUUCAUUGACAGCCACAUGCCUGGGGAGGAUGAAGAGCGAGGUGCUGCCAAGGAGCAGCAGCCACCAGAAUUAAGCCCUGUAGCAGGGGAAAAGGAGAGGGCACCAAGCAGCAGGCGGGAGGAACUGUCUGGAGAGGAACGGCGCCGCCCGGACACUUUGCAGCUGUGGCAGGAGCGUGAGCGGAGGCAGCAGCAGCAGCAACAACAGAGUGGAGCGUGUGGGGCCCUCAGGAAGGACAGUUUUCUGAAGCUGGGGGUCAGGGCUCCUGGUGGAGGUGCUACAGCCUUGUCCACGCAGGCCACUUACAACGGCAUGCCCAAGUCCAGUGCCACCCAACUGGGAGCUUCAGGGGGACAGGGAGCUCCUGUCUCAGCCCCCACCUCUCAGGAGUCCCUUCCUAUAGGUGGACCAGUGACAGCACCUGCUCCUCGGCCGCUCGGCUCCAUCCAGAGACCAAAUAGCUUCCUCUUCCGUUCUUCCUCUCAGAGUGGCUCAGGUCCUUCCUCACCAGACUCUGUCUUGAGACCUCGGCGAUCCCCCCAGCUUCUGGACGAGAAGGAGCUGAUGGCUCAAUUGCGCCAGGUCCUUGAGUCGCGGCUGCAGCGGCCCCUGCCUGAGGACCUGGCAGAAGCUCUGGCCAACGGCGUCAUCCUCUGUCAGCUGGCCAACCAGCUGAGGCCCCGCUCUGUGCCCUUCAUUCAUGUGCCCUCACCUGCUGUGCCAAAACUCAGUACCCUCAAGUCUCGGAAGAAUGUGGAGAGUUUCUUAGAAGCCUGUCGAAAAAUGGGGGUGCCUGAGGCUGACCUGUGCUCGCCCUCGGAUCUCCUCCAGGGCACCGCCCAGGGGCUGUGGACCACCCUGGAGGCCGUGAAGCGGGUGGGGGGCAGGGCCCCCCCACCGCUCUGGCCCCCCUCUGGUCUGGGCGGCUUCAUCCUCUUCUACGUGGUCCUCAUGCUGCUGCUCUAUGUCGUCUACACUCAACUCCUGGGUUCCUAGGACCUGAAGUCACCCCUUCCCCCACCACCUUGCCCUAUUUCUAUUUAUAAGACUCCUGUGCAACCCCCAUGCCCACCAGUGGUGCCUUCAGCCCCUACCAAAGACACUAGUGAACCCUCCUCCCUUCACAAACACUGACCUCAGAGGCCCCACUCUGGUACCCCCAGAUCCUGGGCACCCAGCCUCUGGCCCCUCCCAUCUCAGUGCUGAUGGUGCCUUCAUGCCUUCUCCCACCCAGCCCUGCCCUCUGCUCCCCCAGAGGGGGUGGAUCUUAACCUUCCUAUUUUCACUCUCUCUCCACCCCCUACUCCCCACCCCCAAUAUUGGGGGCUAAAUUAUCUAUAUUUUGUAGAGAGAACUCUAUAUUUGUAGGAGAUGCAAGGCCCAGUCUGGGUCCCCAUCUCAUGUAUAAAUUGUACAGACUGUG